AUGGUUUCCUUUGAGAUGAAUGAUCGCAAGAAGAUAGGGUUGGGAUUAACAGGCUUUGGAAUAUUUUUCUCAUUCCUUGGUGUUAUAUUUUUCUUUGACAAGGGUUUGCUAGCAAUGGGAAAUAUCCUCUUUGUUUCUGGAGUAUCUCUGACCAUUGGACUGAAAUCCACCAUGCAAUUCUUCAUGAAACGUAGUAAUUUCAAGGGGACAGUUUCAUUUGGUGUAGGAUUCUUGAUUCUUCUACUAGGAUGGCCUAUUUUAGGCAUGAUUGUGGAAUCUUACGGGUUCCUCGUGCUCUUCAGUGGAUUCUGGCCUACACUCUCUGUUUUCUUGCAGAAGAUUCCUGUUCUUGGUUGGAUUGUUCAACAGCCAUAUAUUCGAUCGUUGUUUGAUCGCUAUAAAGGCAAACGAGUGCCUGUGUAA